AUGUCUUCGGAAACUCACUACGCUCUCCCAGCAUCUCACAAGGAGAUGCUGGAGAAGUCUCUCCUCGACUCCGACCCCGAGGUCGCCGAGAUCAUGAAGAAUGAGGUCCAGCGUCAGCGCGAGUCCAUCAUCCUCAUCGCCUCGGAGAACGUCACCUCCCGUGCCGUCUUCGACGCCCUCGGCUCCCCCAUGUCCAACAAGUACUCCGAGGGCUACCCCGGCGCCCGUUACUACGGUGGUAACGAGCACAUCGAUGAGAUCGAGCUCCUCUGCCAGAAGCGUGCUCUCGCCGCCUUCAACCUCGACCCCGAGAAGUGGGGCGUCAACGUCCAGUGCCUUAGCGGCAGCCCUGCCAACCUCCAGGUCUACCAGGCCAUCAUGCCUGUUCACGGUCGUCUGAUGGGUCUUGAUCUCCCCCACGGUGGCCAUCUUAGCCACGGCUACCAGACCCCUGCCAGGAAGAUCUCUGCUGUCUCCACCUACUUCGAGACCAUGCCCUACAGGGUCGACCUCGAGACCGGCAUCAUUGACUACGAUACCCUCGCCAAGAACGCCAUCCUCUUCCGCCCCAAGGUCCUCGUCGCCGGUACCUCCGCCUACUGCCGUCUCAUCGACUAUGCCCGCAUGCGCCAGAUCGCCGACUCGGUCGGCGCCUACCUCGUCGUCGACAUGGCCCACAUCUCCGGCCUCAUCGCAGCCGGCGUCAUCCCCUCUCCCUUCGAGUAUGCCGACAUCGUCACCACCACCACCCACAAGUCCCUCCGUGGCCCCCGCGGCGCCAUGAUCUUCUUCCGCAAGGGCGUGCGCUCCACCGACCCCAAGACCGGCAAGGAGAUCCUCUACGACCUCGAGGGCCCCAUCAACUUCUCCGUGUUUCCCGGCCACCAGGGCGGUCCCCACAACCACACCAUCACGGCCCUCGCCGUCGCCCUCAAGCAGGCCGCUAGCCCCGAGUUCAAGGCCUACCAGCAGCAGGUCGUCGAUAACGCCAAGGCCCUCGAGAACAAGUUCAAGGCCCUCGGCCACAAGCUCGUCUCCGACGGUACCGACAGUCACAUGGUCCUCCUCGACCUCCGCCAGCACCACCUCGACGGCGCCCGCGUAGAGGCCGUCCUCGAGCGCAUCAACAUCGCUUGCAACAAGAACUCCAUCCCCGGCGACAAGAGCGCCCUUACCCCCUGCGGUAUCCGUAUCGGUACCCCUGCCAUGACCAGCCGUGGCUUCAACCAGGCUGACUUUGAGCGCGUCGCUGAGUACAUUGACGAGACCGUCAAGCUGUGCAAGGAGAUCCAGGCUGGUCUCCCCAAGGAGGCGAACAAGCUCAAGGACUUCAAGGCUAAGGUCGCUAGCGGUGACGUUGCCAGGAUCAAUGAGCUCAAGAAGGAGAUUGCUGCUUGGAGCUCUUCCUUCCCUCUUCCCGUUGAGGGCUGGAGGCACGACGCUGGUAUCUAA